AUGCGAACAUAUGAUAGAAUACUCUUGUCAUCAAAUGUAAAUCCUGGUAGCAGUGGAAUUAAACGAAGGAUAUACGCUUAUGCAUAUAUAUGUAUGUUUAGUCCCAUUCAUAUAUCAUCUCACAGUAUGGUGAAAGCAACCAACCAACUUCUCAGACUACAGUUUUCAACAAUGGAUGUUGCACACAAUUUAAAAAAAUAG